CUAAGUUUGACGUUUUGUUUUUUGGUUUUUAAAUUAACUUCGCUUCAUUUUUUUUCUGAAAAUAUGCAUUUAACUCUGUUUUAUUUGUUUGUUAAAAAAUAGUAUUAUAUGAGUACUAUUCUAAUAUAUUCUACACAGAAAUUGAAGAUAUGAAUUGCCCUUUAAACGUACAUAUUGACUGAUUGACGCUAUUCUUGAUUUUCUAUCUGUUCUUGUAAUUUAAGGCAAAAUCUGUAAAAUUACUUUAGUACACUAUUUGGGGAAAAGUAAUUAUCUUUCGAGUAAAGAUAUUUGAUUAAAAACAAGGUAUAACAUAUGUAGGGCCCUGAAGUGUAAUAGCAGAUUAGCACUAAUCAACAAAAAAUAGGUCCAAAACAAUUCCAUGAAGACUUUUGUAUAAAGAAUUUUGUGUGUACCUAAACCUAACCUAACCCUGCAAAAGAUGCGGAUGGUUAAGAAUAGUUUAAUUCUUCAUACUUGGUGCUAUAGUCGUCAGCUGUGGAAGACUUCGUUCUGAGCACUGAUCAUUACUCGAGCACUCUUGGGUUGAGAAUAAAAACCUAGCAUUUAGGGGAAACGGGAGAAAAGCUUGAAAGUGUAGCAGGAAUACAUUUCACGCCACCGAAACCACCAGAAUGGUUACUAACCUGCAGAGGCGUCACACACCGGUGAGCGAUAUAUCACCACCUCAGAAGUGGAAUGCCCAUUCCGGUGCUUUUCGAAGCGUACUGACAAGAUUUAGCUUUGGUUCUGGUCAGUUGCUCGAUGACCUUUGGUUCAGAACAUUGCCGAAGAGUAGAGUAGCGUUCAUUACAUACGGUUACACGGAAUGGUUGGACGCUAGACAAGAAGAAACCAUCCUGUUCUCGUGUAGAUUUUCGUUUUUUGGAAUUAGACGCUAGCAGCUUCGAAUUUGGAUCAAACUGAACCGUGGAAAUGUUUCCCAACUCCAGAUGGUUAAUCCGUUGUUCUUGUUUUAUACGUUUGCCAUCACUUACCGGAACGAAUCGUUGGAUCAAUGCUGUGCCACCGCUCAAGAACAUCGUGGUGAUCCACGAUUUUUCGCUUCUGGACAUGUAUAUAGGGUUGCGGAGCAGGUAGGGUUUGCAUUUUUAAUACGUUCUUCCAUGGAGAUUUCUCGGUGCAGAAGACGGUGACCUCAAGCUUGUCGGUGUUGGCAGAAUUUCCUUCUUUUUUUUAAAUCCAAGCUGUGUGAUAGGAUUGAAGAAACUCCCCCGGAUCACGGUACGGUUCAUGGUCGCGUUUAUUAGAAACAAAACGAACGGAAAACAAGGCAAACGACAUCGUGAACCACACGCUGGGAAUGCUACCUGGUUGUUGGUAUCGGAACGGAACGGAACCAUUUGUUAUGAUGGAAUUUAUUUCCCUCUUCCUCCUUACGGCACAACCGGUAGCUCCUAGAAACGUUCUUCCAGUGCGUUAUUGUCACGGUACGAGACUACAGCUUCUAGUUUCGGUUGAUGCUAUGGAAUUGUUUUCCCGGAUCACCGUACAAUAAAAUAUGCCACUUCCGACCAUAACAAAUGCAUUUACCGUAGCAUCGAAAGUUUCUUGCUGGCGAAAAAGAUUGCACCAUGCAAAUAUGGGGAGCAUCUUUUGAUAUUCACCUUAAUGCGCAUUAAACACCGAGUUUAGUUUGAGUGACUGUUAAGGGGUUUCCGGAUAUUGAAUUAUUAUUUUUAUAGUUGGACGGUUUUGGGGGGAAACAAACGGGAUGAAUUAGAGUGAAUCUAACGCAGUAUGAAAUUUGUUUGCUAAAAUUAUUUUUCUAUCAUCUGUUCAAAAUUAUACACAUUUAGUAAAGUUACAAAUAUUGAAGUGCUCUAAAAAAUAACCAAGAAAAACGUUCGACGUUCUUCUUCUCCACAUCCUAGCGAGAAGAUGUGUACUAGUGUUGUGUUUUUACAAACAGUGUUAAUGAAAGUUACCGUUCGGUGUGUUUAACAAACAAAAAAUAUAACUGUAUCUGAUAAUCUCAAGAAAACACAAGAAAAUGCCUGAAUUUGAUGAUUCGUUCCUUUUCGAUUGUGCCUCGUUCGAGCGGAAGAAAUGGAAGACACAUAAUCUACGGUAUCAACCAACCGGCGUGGUACUCAAGAGUGCUAGCACCCUCGACCCAUUUUUGGACGUCGACCGUCCGAAGCUGUUUCCACCAUCGGAUGAUGGUUCUGGGACGGUUAAAAAGCCUUUUUCCGGAUACGCACCUGACAGCAUGAUCCCGUCGGAAGCCUUUUCCCCGGGAAAUGACGCACGGCGAAGAAAGGGCGUUUUACAGUCACCGCGCUUAAGACGCCAACAGCCGGUCACCAAAAUGAAACUCUUCAGCGGCUCCAACUCAUCCACCUACAAUGUGUUCCAAAGGGAGCAGGUGAGCCAGCAGGCAUCGACUAUACCGCGCGGUCAACAGUUCCAGUACACGAACCAGAUGGAUCGACUAUCGGAUGACGGUGACGCUUCAAGAUACGAUAGCGGUGGAAACUGCACGACAGCAAACAGUAACAGCAACAUUGGCCUUACGUCCACACCUGUUUCCAGUGGGCGUAACGCUAACGGUAAUAGCAAGGGUGGUGGUACUGGUUCAGCCACCAGUGCUCCAACGACUGGUGGUUGCAACGAUCAGAACAGCAGCAGCAGUGGCAGUGGAACCAACACCACCGUUACACCUGGUGCACCGGGUUCGUCUGGUCAUAAGGGCAGCAUCCGAGGCAAUAAGCUGGCUCGUCGAGCGCGCUCCUUUAAGGACGAUUUUUUGGAGAAGAUAUCUCAGAUCCGCACACCGACCAACACGAUGACAAGAUCUCACUCACCAAAUAGUCCCCGUGGCGGUAGUGGAACUGGCAGCGGUAGUGGUAACUCUGCCAGUUAUGGCAGCCGGAAAAGCACCACAGACGAACCGUCGAAACCGGUACAAGAUCUCAAUUAUCACGUGCGUCAGGUGAAAAAUGCGUUGACACACUUCAAGGAUGUAAUACUGAAGAACAAGCUCGAGAUGUUGCCGGGCAAUGGUACGGUUGUACUGGAAUCGAUUGCUAACGUUCACACGGCCCUGCAAUCCUAUACGCUAAAUGAGCAGAGUACGGCAUUCAUCAACGCCACCAAUCACGUUUAUGUCUCACUCGGCAAUCUGCUGAAAUUGUGCGACGAGGUAUUGCUGACUAAGGAGGGUGAUGAUUGCCCAUCACUUAGCAAGGAAAAUGUGAAGGAGGUGGUCGAGUUGGUGGAAAAUGCUGUAAACAAUCUGGUUAAUUUGGCAAACGAGAAGCUGUCCGAUCGAAAAGCGAACGUGUCCGCAGGAAACGUAACUGGAGGCGGUACACUAUCGAGUACCUCCGGGACGAGCUCGAAUACACUGCAACGACCAGCGGUGGAUGUGGUCAGUCAACGUACAUCGCUACCAGACAUUCCGCUUACACCACGCGAACGCGAUAUUCUCGAGCAAACUUCCUUAAAGACGGUACGUGCGUCACACAGUACCGAAAGCAUCUUGCGUGAUUCGAGUCCGCCCCCUCCACCCAAACCACCACUACCCGAUCGAUCGCAGGAACCACCGCCUCCGUUACCACCCAAACGGAAAAGUCAACAUGCCAAGAACCACUCCUUCCAUGACACGACAUCAUCUGACUGCAACUCCACCGAUUCUACCAUGUUUCACGUGGGUGGAGGUAGUAGCGUUGGUAUCGGAAGUGGAGGAACCGGUGGCAUCAGUGGAAGCAUCGGCCUAGACCGGAUGUCGCUACGUUCUCGUUCUCCUGAAGAUAACUGCAGUCUCCUCAGUGCCAGCGCUGGCUCGCUGGAUUCGGCUCUUAAUCACUCUCGCGAGGAAGACGAGUUGAGGGCACUCACUAGUUGCUCUUCUCAUGCAAGCGCUCCGGCCGCCAGUUUAGGUGGUUUAGUAAUGCUCGGCACAUCAUCAACCGGUACUCAAGCCUGGGAAGAACCUGCCGAUUUGGUUGGUUUACCGCAGAACAGCAACAGCAGUCUCAAUCGCAACUCGAACGAGUCUGGGUUCGAGUCAAUGUAUUCGUUGCGUGUUUCCCGUGAUCAGCAACAACAGCAACAGCAAAUGAUGCAUUAUCAGAGCACGGCUGUCUCCGCCACGACACACCAUCAUCAGAAAAGUGCCAGUUCGUCGUCCUCGUCAUCUUCUUACGUGCAUAAAUCAGAAUCGAUCGUAGACGGCAUAACGGCGCUCGUGGUGACCAGCGGCAAGGCUUCUUUGCAACAACAGCAGCAACUACACCUACAGCAACAUCACCAAUCACAAGUGCUUCAUCAUCACCAUCAGCAACAGCAACAGCAACACUUUCAUCAGAAAAUUGACACGAUCAUUACACAGGCAAGCGACGAAGCUACCGUCGAUUCGAAAGGUAUCGAACAGCUUGCCUGUUCCGCUUCGACUGUCUCUACGUCUGGUCUAUCGAAGCUGCUCGUGCAGGAUCCUAGUAUAGAUGAAGUUGGGAAUGAUGACGUAUUUCCACGAUCUUCAGCCGACAGGCCACCAGCGCUUCCAGUCAAGACGCGCUCACACAGUAUUAAACGGGAACGCCACCCAUCACAGUACGAUAAUGUGGACGAGGUCGACUUAGAACGAAGUGUCCAAGAUUCGUUUGGUCACUUCCCGAUGCAAAAUUCGCCAUCGUAUCUGUACAGUCGUCAGCAGAUGUUUCAUAAUCUACCGAGCAAACAUAUAAGCUUGAUCGAGCCACGGCACAUGACCCGCUUCCAGGAAGAACCACCACCGCUCCCCAUUAAGAAGAAGCAUAUGUUUCAAAGUGUUGCAUAUUCAGUAAUGGCCUACAUGGAGAUCUUCGGUAGUGCCACACAGAACCAGUCAGAAUUUAUGCGCCACUCGGUGCACACGUACAACCUUGCGCACUCCGAGCAGGUAUCCACCAGUAGCACCACGAGCAAUCACAGUAUUUCGCUCAGUCAAACCAUGAGUCUCUCGCCGUCGCGUAUUGCUCCUGCUACGGUGUCACCACCAAAUUCACCAAACGUUAGCGUGAAGCCACCUGCGUUGCCACCGAAACGACAGCGCAUCAACAGCAAAACGCCCAGCAUCGCAUCAACACCUCCUGCCAGUCCGAAGAUUUUUCAAGAUCAGCACCAUUACAUGCAUCAUCACCAUCACCAGCAGCAAACUCCGACUACAAUCAACACAUCUCCUUCACCAUCAACGACGUCACUCGUAUCGACGCAAUCUGGAGCUGGACUCAAGCUAACUGCUGUCGGCAAUCAAACGCUGGACGUUAAGACAUCGAAGGUAUCACAAGCUACCCAAUCACCGGGUAUAGAAGCAUCCUCUACAUCUAGCAAUGCGUCCGCUGCGACUACUUCUAUCACUACUACAAGUAUUUCUUCCGCUGGUGACGGUGUCGUUGCUGCCGUUGCUGCUACAGAACAAACCGCUUACAAUAGUAACUCACCUAACAGAAGACUUAAUGCUGAAUAUACCAAAAUCGAGGAUGAUUAUCUGCACCUGUGCGAUGCCACCACGAAAGGUCCAGCUAAGGAAGUGGGCGACAAUUACUCAUCCUCCGCUUCCAAUUCGAAUCUCGUCACCAUCGUCACUAGCCGCAGCAGCGGUAGCAACACUCUAGUCAGCGUUGCCAAUCAUAGUCACAGCAAUAACAAUAGCGGCAGUAGUAGUAAUAACGUUGAAUCUAGUAGUUAUUUAAACGAUAGCCAUAACAAAGCUAAAAUUAGCAGUAGUAGCGGUGCGCUGUCAGUAUUACCAUCCAGCGAUAUGAUCUACGAGUCGUCCACUACACCACCGGCAGGCGACACCAGUGAUGAUCGCAACAGCAAAGAUGGGGACGAGGUUGAGGUCAUACUUAGACGGAAUAAUAAGAACGGUAUAACUAUACUGGAACAACAACAACAGCAACCCCUGAACCUGAUGGAGGAGCUAGACGUCAGCAAUUAUCUAGUGUUUAAAAAAGAAAACGAAGAUGGACCAGAUGUCAAGGGUGGCCAUCCGGAUGCAUUGAUCAUACAUGCCACCAGAGUGCAGAAAAAUUCAGACGACGAUUGUUUAGAGGAUGCGUAUGGUGAAGCAUUCAUCACUACGUUCCGCACAUUUAUCUCGCCACUGGAACUAAUCCAAAAGCUGUCCCAUCGUUACACCGUGUACCACUGUCAGAUGAAUGAUGCCAAACAGAAAGCCGCCAAAGAAUCCUUUUCCCUGCUGGUACGGGUAGUAAAUGAUCUGACCACGCCGGAUCUAAGCGAACGAUUGCUGGUGAUAUUGAUGAACUUUGAUUAUCAGUUGGUGAGUGCCGGGCAUCUCACGAUGGCCAAGUUGCUGCGGGUAAAGCUGAUCGAGAAAGCGCUUAUCUAUAAGCAGAAGGCGUCAUUGACCGUCCAGACGCUUUCGUCGAGAGCACUUGUGGCCCAACCACCGACCCUUCUCGAUCUGAAGUCGGCUGAAAUAGCCGAACAAAUGACAUUGCUCGAUGCGGAACUAUUCCAAAAGAUCGAAAUACCGGAAGUAUUGAUAUGGGCGCAGGAACAGUGCGAGGAACGGUCUCCAAACUUGACGCGUUUCACCGAGCACUUUAACAAGAUGUCUUAUUGGGCUCGCACUCAAAUACUUUCGCAAAACGAUGCCAAAGAUAGGGAGAAACACGUGAUCAAGUUUAUAAAAAUAAUGAAACAUUUACGGAAAAUCAAUAAUUACAACUCGUAUCUUGCACUGUUGUCAGCACUUGAUUCGGCUCCAAUUCGAAGGUUGGAAUGGCACAAAACAAUAACUGAAGGUUUGAAAGAGUACUGUGCAUUGAUUGAUUCUAGUUCCAGCUUUCGAGCCUACCGACAAGCGCUUGCUGAAACGAUUCCACCCUGUAUUCCAUACAUCGGACUCGUGCUACAAGAUCUAACAUUUGUUCACAUUGGCAAUCCGGAUCUUUUACCGGACGGUUCGACAAACUUUUCGAAGCGCUGGCAACAGUAUCAUAUAGUUGUGAACAUGAAGCGUUUCAAGAAAGGGUCUUAUCCGUUUAAAAAAAAUGAACGCAUCAUCGGUUUCUUUGACAACUUCGAGUACUAUUUGGACGAGGACGCUAUGUGGCAAAUUUCCGAAACGAUCAAACCACGUGGAUCGCGUAAGACUAACGUCAAUUAGUACAGGCUGAAUUGUUUGCGUGGGGGUAGUGAUGAGCAACAGGAAGGUAAUACUACAAAAUCUGGUGAAGAUAAUGGCGGUUGCAACCAGCAAUCAUUGCAUCGUUAUCGUAAGAACGAUUAAACGCCACUACUAUAUCGUUUUCGCUACGCCGAAAUAGGAUGGCAAAAUCUGACCUUAUUAGGUUGGAAGGAUUUCAAUCUGUAGGUAUAACGACCAGUCAAGAAAAGCAGCAGCAAAUCCCAAGCAAACCGAACAUUUAAUCUGGAACGCGUUAUAAGACGAUCGAAUCAAAAAUAAUGCAUUUAUCCUAUCUAUCAAACGGAACGUUACUACGCAAAGCAUCUUUUAUUACACCCUGAGCAAGGGUGAACAGUAAACGUCUAGUACUAUACGCCUAAUAGCGCUAAUACUUGUAGAACUAUUAAGUUUGCACAUUUCUCAUUAGUUCUUUUGGUUGCUUCGUAUAUUUUCUUAAAAUCCUGUUGGAAGUAUGCACUCUCAUCGUCCUGUACAAAUGAGAGUUUACACUAAGAGCGCAUUCUGACUGGGUACAGUUUAUAAAUUAUUUUAUGUUAUUAAAUACACCGUACACGUGAUCUAAUUGUAUUAUAACUACACCUAGCAAUGAUACUUUCAUAAAAGUAUUGUUUUUAUAAUAUCGUCUGUAACGACACAGGUUUAGAAAGAAUAAAAUCAAUCGGCUGCGUUCAAUUGCAUGCACGCCAAAGUUUCUAUACCCAGGCACCAUUAAAAUUUUAAAUUCAAUUCGAUCAGUUUACGCGGUUCAGCCAAGCUAUAACGCAGGUUUGAUUCUUAUGGAGACGCUACUUUUCACUAUAAACCAUGUUUCGAUUAAUUGUUUUAAUUUACCAGAUAUUUACUGCAGUUCCUGUGGUCCGAAGUUGAUGGAAAAGUCAGUUUUACGUACAAUCUAGAUAUUAUCACUAUCUGACUACAUACAUGUACCAUUCAAGUCUAGUAUGUCUAGGUAAAUAAGUAGUGCCAAGCAUACCGCCAGCCGGAUGCCGUGGCGAGUAUGUAAGUAGAAUGAUUGAAAGUAAACUCGACUGCAAGAAGAAAAUACAAUUAGGAACCGGAAAUAUGAUCACACGUCGUUCAAUCAAAUUGAAAAGAAAGUUAAACAAAUGAAAAUGAAAGUAAAAAGAGAAUGACGAACGUAUUAUAUAGAUAAUGUGAGUGAUAGUGGAGGAGUAAAAUCGAGUAGUACCGGAAACAAAGUCAAAGAUAAUGCAAGUUUGUCUUCUAUUACUAUAUUUUUAUUGCAAAAUAUAACUAUUCAUCAUUUUAACAUUUAA